AUGCUUGAUGAGCUCAACUUCAGCGUUGUGGCCGAGGAGGUGACCGCGGUCGGGGGCCAGUCAUCUCGAGCCCACGUCACGCUGUAUGUGCGGGACGCCAACGACAACGUGCCAGAGUUCGCCGAGACGCGCUACGUGGCCUCCGUGCCGGAGAACGUGCGGCGGGGGACGUUGGUGGCGUGGAUGCAGGCCCUGGACCCGGACUCUGGCGCGUUCGGGACGGACGGUGUCCGGUUCACCGGUCUGACGGGAGACAUCGCCCAGCAUCUGCGGCUGGACCCCGUGACGGGCAAGAUCACCAUGGCAACGGACGACCACGGCCUUGACCGUGAGACGACGCCGCGUCACCAGCUGACGGUGGAGGCGCGCGACGACGACGGCCGGGGCAACAGGAACCGCGUGCCUCUGGAGCUGGUGGUGACGGACGUCAACGACCGUGCCCCGCGCUGCCUCCGACCGCUGUACCAGCUGACCGUGCCCGAGAACAGCCGGCGCCUGCCGCCGGCGCACCUUCUGGAGGCGGCCGAUGACGACCAGCCCGGCACCCCGAACGCGGAGGUCGGUUUUCGCAUCCUGGCGGGCGACCCACAGAGGAACUUCAGCAUAGAUGGCAGCACCGGCGAACUGCACCUACAGCGCCCUCUAGACUUCGAGGCCAUGUAUGGCGACGGAGACAUCCGCACCAUCAACCUCACCAUCCAGGUCUUCGACAAAGGGGAGCCGCCGCUCUCCUCCACAUGCCUGGUUCAGGUGCUGGUGCAAGACGUCAACGACGUGGCUCCGAGGUUCGAACGGACUGUCUACGUCAAGGCCGUGUCGGAAGACGCGCCUGGCGGCACCCACGUCAUCCAGGUGUCGGCACGUGACGGAGACGGCUCGUACCAGAACAGUCGCGUCGUGUACCGUAUCCAGCAUGGAGCCCAGGACAAGUUCGUCAUCAACUCCACCACUGGCGUCAUCACCGUCGCUCAGGGGGCCAACCUGGACCCGGACUUCAGUCGCCCCCGGGCGGCCCACUUCGAGCUUACGGUGGCGGCGCUAGAUGGCGGAAUCGGCGCCAACCAACUGGUAGAUGUCGCCACCGUCAACAUUACCAUCCAGGACGUCAAUAACAAGCUACCUGCGUUCGUGGAGCCGGGCCUGGUGGCGAUCCCGGAGAACCUUCGCGUCGGCUCCGUCGUCCGCCGGGUGGCGGCCGUCGACAUGGACGCCAUCCCUCUCCUGCGAUACAGCAUCGACCACAGUCUAGGGGAGGCACGCAACGAGGAGGGCACGCUGGUGCGGGCAUCGGACUACAACUUUACGGCGGCCUUCCAGAUCCAUCCGAUCGAGGGAGUCAUACGCACCGCCAGGACGCUGGACAGGGAGCGGGUGGAGACAAUCCGCCUGGUGCUGCGAGUGGAGGACCUGGCGGCCAUGAACUCGCGCCAGACGGCCACAGGCCCGUGA